CGCCUCCCGCGCUCUCCCCAGUCAUGUCCCACUCGGAGCGAUGGGGAAGCUCGAGGACAACGAGAGGGUGAUCCUCAACGUGGGGGGCACGAGGCACGAGACCUACCGCAGCACCCUGAAGACCCUGCCGGGGACCCGCCUGGCUCUGCUCGCCUGCGAGUCCCAGAGCGAGUCCCCGGGCGGCGAGGAGCCGCCGCCGCCCCCCAACCCGCCGCCGCCUCCGGCGGGCGGCUGCCCGGAACCCGGCAGCGGCUGCAGCCCCCGGGGUAGCGGCGGCGCCAGCGAGUUUUUCUUCGACCGGCACCCGGGGGUCUUCGCCUAUGUGCUCAACUACUACCGCACCGGCAAGCUGCACUGCCCCGCCGACGUCUGCGGGCCGCUCUUCGAGGAGGAGCUCGCCUUCUGGGGCAUCGACGAGACGGACGUGGAGGCCUGCUGCUGGAUGAAUUACCGGCAGCACCGCGACGCCGAGGAGGCCCUCGACAUCUUCGAAGCACCUGACCUGCUGACGGGCGAGCCGCCCCUCGACGGCGACGACGACGACUUGGCCGCCAAGAGACUGGGCAUCGAGGACGUGGGGGCGGCCACCGAGGGCAAGGGCGGGCGCUGGCGGCGGCUGCAGCCCCGUGUCUGGGCGCUCUUCGAGGACCCUUACUCCUCCCGUGCCGCCAGGUUCAUCGCUUUUGCCUCUUUAUUCUUCAUCUUAGUUUCAAUCACAACCUUCUGCCUGGAAACACACGAGGCUUUCAACACUAUUAUAAACAAAACUGAGCAGGUCCUCAACGGGACAGAAGCUGUGUUGCAGUAUGAGAUUGAGACAGAUCCUGCACUGACAUACGUGGAAGGAGUCUGCGUGGUAUGGUUUACAUUUGAAUUUUUAGUACGUGUUAUUUUUUCUCCCAACAAACUUGAAUUCGUCAAAAACCUCCUGAAUAUCAUUGACUUUGUGGCCAUCCUGCCCUUUUACCUAGAAGUAGGCCUGAGUGGGCUCUCCUCCAAAGCUGCUAAGGACGUGCUUGGUUUUCUCAGGGUGGUAAGGUUCGUCAGGAUCCUCCGGAUUUUCAAGCUGACCCGGCAUUUUGUGGGCCUCAGGGUGCUGGGCCACACUCUGCGAGCCAGCACCAAUGAAUUUCUGCUGCUGAUAAUAUUCCUGGCACUUGGUGUUUUGAUAUUUGCCACUAUGAUCUACUACGCAGAGCGGGUGGGAGCCCAGCCUAACGACCCGUCAGCGAGUGAACACACGCAGUUCAAAAACAUCCCCAUCGGCUUCUGGUGGGCUGUAGUCACCAUGACCACCCUGGGAUAUGGGGAUAUGUAUCCACGGACUUGGUCAGGCAUGCUGGUGGGAGCCCUGUGUGCACUGGCGGGAGUGCUCACCAUAGCCAUGCCCGUGCCUGUGAUAGUUAACAAUUUUGGGAUGUACUACUCCCUGGCCAUGGCAAAGCAGAAACUGCCAAGGAAGCGAAAGAAGCACAUCCCUCCUGCUCCUCAAGCCAGCUCACCCACCUUCUGCAAGACAGACUUGAACAUGGCCUGCAAUAGCACGCAGGGUGACAUCUGCCUGGGCAAGGACAACCAGCUGAUGGAACACAACAGAUCAUCAGUGUUAUCAGGUGAAGACAGUGCAGGAAGUGAGCAGCCACUCUCACCUGGUGAAAGGCUCCCUCCCAUCAGACGUUCUAGUACAAGAGACAAAAACAGAAGAGGGGGAACAUGUUUCCUACUGACAACAGGUGAUUACACGUGUGCUACUGAUGGAGGGAUCAGGAAAGUGUUGUACAGAAUUUAUCAUGGAUUUUUGACUGCUGAAAAAGGGACAAUGGAAUUUAGCCAUACCAAGGACUGUACUGGAAAGAGACUGCUGCUGCUGAAUGGGCCCUGAUAAACGACUCACACCUUGAGGAGGUCACUGAGACUUUGCGUGCGAAGCAGAGCUUGUUAAAGAAGAUGAAAGACCGCUCGCAAUUACUGCUGCCAGAGGAAGGGGUGACUAGUCGCGGUUGAUGAGUCAGUGUAAAUAAAACGUGUGUGCAUGGAAAAUCAGUUUUUAUCUAUAUCAAGGAAAGCUGAAUUCAUGUCAUCAUUGCUAAGGUUCCAUGCAAAGACCCCCACCCCUGUGUUUAUUAUUCCUGGUUCCUGCAGUAAGCUGUGCUGUGGAUCAUACAAAGACACACGCUUAAUAAUGAUAGUGAUGUAAACUACAUCUGUCUUGACUUCUGUCAUACAAAUGGCAUCUAUUGCAAAAGUCACAAAUUUGAACAGAGUAGGUUUGCAUAAGUCCUUGCUUUCUCAGUUUGCCAUGACCUAAAUUGGUAUGAAUUGUAGUGUACAUGCCAAGUC